AUGGGUGGCUAUGUCAUGUGUGCACCCUUCCACUCUGCUAGCUACCCCUAUCACAAAGCAAGCACUCUAACUCCAGUAGCUAGAGAGAGAGACUACUCAGUAUCACCCUCCUGCUCUGAAAGUGAGGCAGAACCCAGGACUGAGCAUAUGAAGCAACUACCACCAAAGAAAACAUCAAGAGCAGCACAGAAAAAGAAGAGGACAAUAUUUACCACUGAGCAACUACAAGAUUUGGAGAAGCAUUUCGGUGCACAGAAAUACUUGAGCAAGACGGAUCGCAACAAAGUGGCCUCUCAGCUCGGUCUCAAGGAGAGACAGGUGACAACAUGGUACCAGAAUAGACGAACACGUUGGAAGAAAGACUGCUCAGACAAAGAAUGGAGCAGAGAGAAAGAGAUCACAGCAGCAAGUAACUAUUCACAAUUUGUCCAAAUGAAGUCACAAAGCAAUUAA